AUGGAUCCCGGUCGAGUAAAAGCGUACUUACAGGUCGCAUGCACUGGAUUGGGGUUUGACAUUGGAGAGAUUUGGUGGGCGACCGAUGACAAUGGAUCGUCUUCUCGUCUCCUGAAUGUGGAACCACCCACUGCACCAGGCAAUGAUGGCAAUGGCGAUGAAAGCGGGAAGUACAAGUUCGUGCAGUUAUACACAUCCAAAUCGUAUGAGAACCGAAGACAGAUGCUGGUUAGACCAGCGGAGGAAGAGAAUGAGAGUGAAACGGCUUUGGUCGCUAUGAAUGGCCAAUCACGACCGUCGCAAAAGGAAUCGGUGAAGCAUGUAUUGUCUCCCUUGUUGGUUGAUGCCAUCUCCAAGACAGCGCAGGUUGUUUGGGCACACACAAAGAAACAGGAGGGUCUGAUUGGGCGGUCCGAUGUUCGAUUGCAAACAGCGGUGGGAAUGCCAGUUGCGGUCGACGGGAAUGGAAAUAUGUGCGUGGUGGUAAUGUUCUCUCCGAACAUUAUUCAAAGUUCCGAUGACGCUUUGGAGUAUUUGCAAUCCAUCAGUAAGGGUGCCACAUCCACCUCCAUUCCAGCCAUGCUUCCCGCGUUUGAUCCAAAGCAAGGUUUAAUUUCUCUCCCGCAUCACCACAAUAAUAACCAAAUCAUUCCACUUCUUUCCGAUCCUGCCAUGGCCAAUGGAGUCACCACACGAUUUGUCUCGUUGGAUGAAAAGACAUCCGAAGUCUUGUCACUACCAGAAGUUCACAGUACGCGUGAUUUGUCAACGGCACCAAAGGAUUGCUUUGGAAUUCCCAUGCUUCCAAACGCUUCGGAAAUCGAAGGGAAUCCAUCCAACAAUGCCACGGAGAGUUCAGUUUCGGAUGUCUUUGAUGAAGCUUCCUACGGAGUCUGGUCUACCAUUAUGGAUACCCCUGAUAACCAAGUUCGAAAUGGGACACAGCCGUUUGGAAAUGGGAAUGCGGAAGACGAGGACACGGAACCGGUCUAUACGAUUAACAAGCCAGACAUGUCGGAUGCCAGAAAAGAACGAUUGGAAGAAUUUGCUGAGGCCUUCUUGGAAGUAUCUGUCUUUGACGUUGCAGAAGUUUGGAUUCCUGUUGGUGGUGACUCUGAUUACUUGGCACAAGUGACAUCGGUCACCAGCACCGACUCGAAUCCCAUUUUGAAUCAAUUCGUGCAGCAAACGGAAAAAAUCAUGGUAAAAUCAUGGUCUGGAGCUGUUGGUAGAGCCUUUGCGACUGGAAAUCCUGUUUGGAACGCCGAUCAAAACACAUUUGCGGACGGAGGGAGGAAAAAAUUCUUCAAUCAAGUGAUGCUAGAAACUGCUUUAGCGGUCCCUGUGUUUCAGGGAAAGUCACCAAAACCUUCUUUUGUAUUCGCUUGCUACGCGUUUGUUCGAUCGGAAACUGUUCCAUUUGUAUUGAAAUUUGUCCAGCAAGCCUUGGGUUUGCUUUGGAAAGGUUUGGAUAAAAUUCAACCUCACGCGGCUAUUGAGGAUAGACUGUGGAAAGAUGUGGAGCCCGCUGAUCUUGGGGAAAUGGCGGCGGAUAUUGAAAUGCACCAGCAUUUCUUGGAAAAGAAACGACCGCAUGAGGAAAUUAAUCAAGUUGGUACCAAUAACAAUUCGAGAAUGGGUUUUGCUUCUAUGGGAUCGGCAUCAGGCUCUGCAGCAGCAGUGAAUUCUAUUUACACUGGUGAUGCGACAUCUCCAACAUUGGAACCGCUUGAUGACUCAACAAUGGAACCAAUUGAAGUCUCCUAUCAACCUCGGGCUUCAGCAGCACCUCAACAAAUGCAGUUCCAACCCUUCCAAGUGAACAUGCCAAAUUCGAACAAUCAUGUUGGGGGUGGGCAGUCAAGUCGCCAGCAUAACUAUCAAGAUGUUUUCCCUCAUGAACAACAACGUGCUGUCAAGCGUCCUCGACCAAUGUCAAGCCAGGGAAUUCAGAUCCAGCCUUUGAAUAGCUCACCGAGACUGGCGAAUACGACUGCUUCACCACUCAUGAGUCCGAUGCCGCUUCCCUCUCAAGCUAUUGUCUUUUUUUCUUCGAAUCAUAACUCACGGCCGAUGCAACAACAACAACAACAACAACAGCAGCAGCAGCAACAGCAGCAACAUCUCCACCAUCACCAACAACAACACCAACAACAAAAUUAUCAAAAUCAGUAUUCCAAUCAAGGGAUGAGUUCAAUACCACAACGGAUGCAGCAACAACAGCCGCAACAAUUCCAGUUCUCGAAUCAAGGCCAAAGUACUGUUUCAAUCACCCAGCUACCUGACCAAGCUUCAGACCUAGCCCAGAACUUUGCUGCUUCCUACCAACAACAAAACGAUCAGAUCGAUCCAACACCGUUGCCAGCUCAGAACAACAUGUCCAACAUAUCGGCUAUCCCUACGAAUCAAAUUAGUGCUUCAGGCAUUUCAUUUGCGCUUCCGCCAAAGGCGGCAUCCAACGGCAUUUCAUUUCAAAAUUCAAUUCCUGCUGGGUCCAACGUUGUUGGCAUGCAAUUCUGCAUGCCUACCAUGGGACAAUCUAUGGCUCCCGCUCCUGCACCAUCUGGAAAGCCCUGUCGAAUCAAGGGAUGCAGCGAACCUGCCGUUACUAGAAAACCAUACUGUGCUCGUCACGUAGGCAACCGAAUGUGUGAACACGCAGGUUGCAGCAAAUGCGCCCAAGGUGCGACACGUUUUUGUAUUGCCCACGGUGGAGGCCGUCGAUGUAAAUUCGAAGGUUGUGACAAGGGCGCCAGAGACAAGAACUUUUGUGCUGCCCAUGGUGGAGGAAAGCGAUGUAAAUUUGAUGGAUGCAACAAAUCCGCAGUGGGCGGUUCCAGCCUGUGUACUGCUCACGGAGGUGGUCGUCGAUGUUCUAUUGCUGGUUGUAACAAAUCGGCUCAAUCUUCCACCAAGUUUUGCGUCAAGCACGGCGGUGGAAAGAAAUGUAUCUUUGGCGGUUGCCAAAAGGUAGCUCGUGGGCGUACCGAAUUUUGUGCCGCUCAUGGUGGUGGUGUCCGGUGCAAGCUCGCAGGUUGUACUCGUGUCGCCAUUGGAAAGUCGCAACUCUGCCGUGCUCAUGGCGGUGGCAAUCAUUCUCGACAAAAGGGAGGCCGUGACGACGACUCAACAUUGGGAGACGUUAUGGAUGUAGGAGGAAUGGGGUUUUGA